ACCAUAACACAAGAAAUCGCAAGGAAAAGAAGCGAUACUUUUUCUUCCAAUCCGGCAGUCGUGCAAAAGACGUUCACUUACUCACUCACUUGCCGGGAUUUUUUCUUGCUUCUUUGCUCGAUAAGCUGCCGAUUUUUGCUACAGGUGUGCCAUUAUCGUGCUGUCCAGUUCAGUUUUUAGUUUCUGCAAAGUUCGUCAGUGCCUUCUGUUUGUUCGGCUGUGCUUCCGCGUUAUUUUCCAUUUCUUUCUAUUUAAGUGUUACUUGUUACAACAUAAUCCAAUUUUGUUACGGUUUUGCGAGUCUGUUUUGCAAUUGUGAUAAGUUUAAGAAAUUUAAAGUCGACAAACCCCUCCAAUCAUCAUGUCCAAGCCGAAGGUGUUGAUCCUGGGAGGCUGCGGUUUCAUCGGUCGCCACCUGGUCGACUACCUCGUGACGAAUGAGCUCGCGUCGAAGGUCAAAGUCGUGGACAAAACCCCGCAGAUGGCCUGGCUGAACCGGCGACACACGGCGGCCUUCGCCAGUCCGGUGGUGGAGUUUUGCAGCGGAAACCUGAUCAACGCCGCGUCCUGCCAGAACGCGUUCAAAAUCGAGUCCGAGGAUGGCUCGAGUUGGGACUUUGUGGUCAACUGUGCUGCGGAGACGAAACCUGGCCAAACGGAUCCGGUUUAUCAGGAGGGCAUUUUGAAGCUGGCGCUGAACUGUGCCAAUGAGGCUACCAAGUGCCGUUGCAAGAGGUUCAUUGAGUUGAGCACGGGAAGCAUGUGCUCGAGCGAGAAGGUGCCCCAGAAAGAGGACUGCCCGGUCGAGCCGUGGACCAUGGUGGGCAAGUACAAGGCCCAGACGGAGCGGGAGCUGGGCAAGGUGGAGGGGCUUAGCUAUACGAUUCUGCGAUUGCCGAUCUGCUACGGGACCGGAGACCGGAAGGGACUUACUCCCCGCAUCAUCAUCUCCGGCAUCUACAAGUAUCUCAACGAAACCAUGAAACUGCUGUGGACUGGUUCGAUGAAGAUGAACGUGGUCCACGUGGACGACGUGUGCGCCGCCCUGUGGGAACUGGCCCACAACGAGCAAGCCGCUGGGCAGAUCGUCAACAUCUGCGACGACAGCGGAGCCACCCAGGAGACCAUAACCGACCUGCUCGCGGAAAUCUUCUCCAUCAAAACCGACUACUGGGGCGUCGUGAUGUCCAGCAUGACCAAAACGGACAUGGCCGGCGCAAUCGAGGAGGUCAACGACAAGCACCUGGGACCGUGGGCGGAACUGUGCCAGCUGGACGGGGUGCUCAACACUCCGCUGACGCCGUACAUGGACCAGGAGCUGCUGCUCCACAAGCAUCUCAAUCUGGACAACGGCAAGCUCAAGGGCUACGGCUACCAGCUGCGACGUCCGAAGAUUACGCGCGAAAGUUUGGAGGAAAUUGCGCGCGACUUUGUCGAGUCUAACUACUUCCCCAAGUCGCUGCUGGAGUCGUAAGAGGGGAGUGUCUUGGAGAGCAUCGUUGAACAUCACAGGAAACCUAAUUGCUCAAUAUUGUAACGUGGAAUAAUGUGAUCUCGGAUUCGCAAUUGAGGGAAGAAAAAAACAUUAAUCUUAAAUAAAAUGCUACUUAGUGAAAGAAACAACGAUAUUAGGUGAGACAACACGGAAGAGAAGUCGAGGAUAAGAGAGCCAGAAAACAACAGCAAUUGAUAUGUGAAACUUACUAGUGAUCAACUAUAUUCCUUAUGAUGAAGAAGAUAAAUGAGAUGAAACUAUGUACUAAAGACGUACUUUAAAAAGUGUAGACAAUGUGCCUAAACGUGAAACAGUAACUAAUCUUAGGACUAUUAAAUUUGAAAUAAA